UUCGAGCUCUGAUGUCCCGAGUCGCCAUCAGGGAUUCAGCAGACUCAAAGCCUUCGCUCAGCAAACGAAAAUCAAAGAGACGCCUCGUCGAUUCUGAUGAGGAAGAAUUUGAUGAUGCUGCUGACGCUCACAUCGAGCACGUCGCCUCUGGCACCGCUCCAGUCGCCCCCGGUCAAGCUCGAAAGAAGAGUAAGGUGGAUGCGAGUGCGAAGCGCUUGAAGAUGUCGGGCUCUGUGACAGGAGCGAAGAAACCGGUGUUCUCUGACGCAGAAGAUGCCGAAGUCGACAUUGAUGAUCUCAUGGAUGAGGAUUUCCUUGACAAACCUUUCCCAGAUAUCGAAGACGAGGAUUUCCUUGACGAAUCUUUUCCAGAUGUCGAAGACGAGGGGUUCGAACCUGAAGCCGUACCAAAGCGUGGUGGAAAACCAAAGGCAUCUUCGUCCGUGAAGAGCAAACCUCCGAGGGUUAAAUUGGUGUUAGGAAAGGGUGGCAAGCCGAAGGCUGGAAAAGAAAAGGAGAAAGAGAAGGAGAUCAUGAUCAAGGACGAACGCAAAAUCCCUCCCUCUGACACCCUUUCUGUGUCUACUAGCGUCACAGCCCACAGUCAAGUCUCUGAUCUCUUUGCGGAUGACGAGUCUUCCAUCCAUCCACCAUCGGUAGUCGAUCCUUCUGCCCCACCUGAUCAGGCCGCCUUGCCGCCACCAGAACUGAAGAAGCGCAAACUCCCAACAAUCAAGAAGAACAAACCCUCUACCUCAGCUGCAACUUCCACUCAGUCCCAAUCCGCCGCUGCCCCCUCUAAGCCACCACCUUCAACUGACGAUGUAACAAAAAUCGGCGCCCCUCAUCCACAACGUAAGGCUGCAGGUCUCAUGGGCGCAGCAGACUUUGACCUGCGAGAUAAAAGCGUGUAUGCUGAGCUCUUCAAAGGGGCUGGUGGUAGUACUCCUCGUUCUGGACUCAACAGGAGAGAGAAGGAGGAGGAACGACGGAAAGAGCUGAACAAGAUGCGUGAUGAAGCAAAGGCUAAGCGCGCGGAAGAAGCUAAACAUCAUUUUGAUCUGCAGUCACAAGCAGACAAGAUCGCUGGUUUUGAACAGAAGCUUAGAGCCAACAAUUGCAUGGCUUUGCACCCGAACUUCCUUGCUGCUAAGUUCCGAGAGGAGUACGACAAGGAGAAAGUGCGUCUACGGCAUGACAGGGAGCAGAGCCACAGUGCUACAAAAGAGGAGGGCGAGGCUUAAGUUGAUGGCUUUCAAUUCUUGUUUUGUUCAAGUUGUACUGAUCUUGCUUUCGAACAUGCAAUACUAGACUUGUGCAUAAAUCUCUGCAAUAUUACAAACUU